UCGAGUUGGAGUUUUCAAUUUACAAAAAUUUUAACUAAAAAUUUCUAAAAAUUAUGCGGGUUAUUAAAUUUGUCGUCGUUAUCGCGUCUCUGAGCGUAGUAGUUGCCCGACCAUCCUUGACGGAAGGGAAACGUCUGAUUAAAACUAGCGAGACGGACGCAGGAUCUUGGUUGGGGGAAGAUGAGAUUUUUGGUUUAAUCAAAAACGGAAUUAAAUUUGUUAACGUAACCGAAAGCAAAUUUCCGAACGGUGUUAACACAACAACUUUAGCGAAGGCAAUUCCAGGAAGCUUGAGGUACCCGGAUACUGUUCACAGUGCGUUCGAAAAUAUCUAUAUUUUAAGAAUGCAGCUUUUUGUCGACCGUUUCGAACACUUUCCCAACCGAUACUACAAUAAUCAUAAUGGCGUCGAUGCCGCUGAUUGGGUCGAGAAGAUGGUCAAGAUUUGCGAUAGCGGAUGAUGCCUACGGUGGAAAUGUGACGGUGGGAAAAUUCACUCACAGAUGGCUACAGAGCAGUAUCAUCGCAAGGAUUGAGGGUGCGGAUCCCAAAUUGAAGGAAGAGGUCGUCAUCUUUGGAGCACAUUUGGACUCCUUCAAUUUAACCAAUCCUGUGAAUGGUAGAGCGCCAGGGUCAGAUGACAACGGAAGCGGAAGCGUAACCCUAUUCGAAUCCCUGCGAGCAGGCAGCGCAACUAUUGCGGUGCAUCGAAGUCAACCGGAUGGAUUUGAUUUGAAUUUCGGCCCGCCUCCAAUGUUAAUCAAAUGGGCACGUGAUUUUGGCGCGUAGAAAUUCUGUCCGGUUGACUUCGAUCCACCGCAAUAGCAUACCAUAAACUCCUCCCUGGAUCCAUUUAUCUUUUUAGGGACACUCAAGAACGGAUCCAA